AUGUUUGUCCUUGCUAGCCAGAUAUCUCCGAUGAAUACCAAGCAGGCUCUUAGACUACGGGUGGUGCGAGCAUAUCAGAUUCCUGAGAGAAGUGAUCCAUCGAAGUUUAGAUCAAAAGAGGUUGUUUUUCAUGAUGAAGAGGGGUCCUUCUUGCAUGCUCAUAUACCCAAAGAGUACGUGGAAAAGUACCUUAGCAGUUUUGCUGAAGGUUCAGAUUUAAAGCAUGUGAAAUUUCCUAUGAAAAUGUAUCGGCUGAAGACCUUUAGAGAGAUCAAGUCUAAUGAAGGCCUUGAUGAGAAAAUCUUAUUUGAUGUUAUUGGUCGAGUGAUUGAGAUACACUGCCCACAGGAGAAACUAAUCAAUGGCAAGAUCUCCAGGCUGAUUGACUUCACCAUUGAAGAUACUGAUGGAAUACAACUAAUGUGUACUUUGUGGGAUAAACACGUAAGCAAGAUUGAGGCAUUCUACAAUUCUACUACACAAGAGCUAUUAUUGGUGUUGAUACAGUUUUGUAGGGCAAGGGUGUGUCUAAAAAGUGGUGAUGUCAAGAUUUGUAGCUCCUAUGAUGUAACACAGCUGCUUUUCAACCAAGAAUCUCCCCCAUUUGAGGAGUUCAGGAAAAAGUUGAUGGGGGUUAUACCCUGGUCGGAUCGAGUCGUAUCGCCCGGUCACCUGACCCGCUUGGACGCCGCUCCGGAAGCCGCCCGGUCAGCCCUUUAG